UAUUGGAGCAACACGAGCUACACCAUUGUCUUCAAAGCUAAAACAUUAUGCGAAGGUGCUAGAUUAUGGCUGACAUUUAAGACUUUUAACAACCAAAUCAUCUAUAGGCGAGCCAGCCAAGUAAUUUACAGCUGUGAUAAAGGAAGAUGCUCAAAGGAAAGUUCAGAAAAGCAGUGGUUUAUUCCUCCUUGCCGUGUCAAAGUAAGAUUUGAUUUGUUUGAGGGCUGAGCAAAAUAACCUCCUACAGCAGAUGGUGUUAAAUCCUCUAUGAUGAUAAGAGGGUCUAGACCGAGGUAUAUUAUCCUGUCAAACCAGAAGCUUGUCAGUAACCAGGUUUACAUUCAACCUUUUGAAUCGGAAGAGUUGAACAUGUCAUUGAAACCCAUCUAACGUGUAUUUUUUUUAUCCAGUACAUGGAAAUUGAACGACAAAAGUAAUGUUUUAUGUGCAUUACGUCAUCACGCACAGACUUUUAUCCUCAAACAAGUCCGUUACUUGAUGGAAACAUUUCUGUACCAUCCUUCUGGGGGCUAGUGAAUUCCGCCUGGAACCUGUGUGCCAUGGGAAAGAGGCAGUCGCCGGUCAACGUCGAGACUAGUCACAUGAUCUUUGACCCCUUCCUCACCCCUCUACGUCUCAACACAGGCGGACGCAGCAAGAUGGGAGGCACCAUGUACAACACAGGGCGCCACGUGUCGCUGCGGCCAGACAAGGCUCACCUGGUGAACAUCUCCGGUGGGCCUCUGGGUUACAGUCACCGGCUGGAGGAGAUCCGCCUGCACUUCGGCAGCGAGGACGGCCAGGGCUCGGAGCACCUGCUCAAUGGACAGUCCUUCCCUGCAGAGGUGCAACUUAUACACUACAACCAGGAACUCUAUGCCAACUACAGUGAGGCAGCCAAGAGCCCCAAUGGCGUAGCUAUUGUGUCCAUAUUUAUAAAGAUAUCCGAGUCUCCAAAUGUAUUCCUGAAUCGCAUGCUGAACAGAGACACCAUCACGAGAAUAACAUACAAACAUGACGCAUUCUUACUCAUGGGGCUCAACAUAGCAGAUCUAUAUCCAGACACUACACGUUUUAUAACAUACGAGGGCUCCAUGACUAUCCCGCCCUGCUUCGAGACAGCCACCUGGAUCCUCAUGAACAAACCUGUGUACGUCACGCAGAUGCAGAUGCAUUCUCUGCGACUGCUAAGUCAGAAUGAGCCAUAUAAGAUAUUCCUCAGUAUGAGUGACAACACGCGGCCCGCCCAGCCUCUCUUGCAGCGCUGUAUCCGCACCAACAUCAACUUCAGCAAGCAGGGCCGGGACUGCCCCAACAACCGUGCCCUGAGGCCCCAGUAUCGAGUAAACCAGUGGCUUCUGAAGUAGGAAAACGAUGAACAUGCUGUACAAUACAACAGGAUGAAAACGAAAUAUCGGAUCCUUAUUCUCAAGACUUUAUUUGAAUGUGGAAAUACUACAUUAUCAGAAGAGAGGCUGUUUUUUGAAUAUGUUUGAGAUUGCAAAGUAAGACAAGGAAAGAUUGAAAAGUGUAACUUUUAAGGCUGCACAAAUGUAAUUAUUUUAUAGAGCUUAUGGAAAUGGGCUGUAUGGAAAUUCAGCAGGCUCCGCCAUUUACUGACCUUUGCAGUGGAGACAAAGAGGACCUCUUUUAUGACAUCAUCACCAACAUCAGAUUCACUUGAGCACCCAAAGAUCCCAAAGGACCAACACUUCUUGAAAUGAGCUAACUGUAAUCACAGAUACAACCGUACCGUGUUUUGAUACCAACAGCAUUCCAUCAGAUCUAACAACAAGCUAAGAAUCUGAAUAUGAUAAGAGGGUGCUUCUGGUGAUGAAACCUUCUACAUAACCAUGUCACAGGCAAAAGGUGUACUGAAUAAAUGUCACAAAUGCAGAAACAUUUCCUGACCAUGUGACCUAACCAGGAAAAACUCUGGACCCCAGAAAACACCAGGGCAUGAGAUGUUCCUGUUCAGGCUACAUAGUCAGGAAACACUCCUAGCCAUAGACUUGGUAGAUCCAGUAUUUUAUACUGUAUUUACUAAACUUUUCUAGCCAUUUUGGGCCAUUUGCCUUUUCUCUGUUUAAUUGUUUACAAUUUCAUUCACUCUGUUUAUUUAAAUGAUAGCAGCCCAAUUAACAUGUUUCAGAGAAUUAUCUAAGAUAAAAUAACACUUUACAUAAGGCCUAUAUAGUAUAUGCUGUUUAAGAAUUGUAUAUUGUCUAGCACUGAAUAGAGCAUGGGACGUGAUUUGUCUGCAAAUUCUUUAAGCAGUCACAAGGCAUUCCUUAUCAAUUAUUUAUCCUCAUUUUCGAUUCAGAGCUGUGUAUGGCGUUACAGGCAAUGUGGGUUUGUGUGUGUGUGUGUGCGCGCAUGUGUACAUGACUGUAUGUGUGUGUGUGUGCAUUCUCUCCUGGGAAUUGUAUUUCUCAUUAAAUAGGGUAAAUCUCCUCGUUUUGUGGCAACGAAACAAAUCAAGAGUGAAAUGCUUACUAACAAUCUCUUUCCCACCGAUGCAGAGUAAAACAAGAAGAUAAAAACACAAGAGAAAUAACACACAAGAAUUAAGCUAAAUACAGGAAGUACCAAUAUACCAUAUCAAUGUGCAGGGGUACGAGGUAGUUGAGGUAAGUAUAUACAGUGCCUUCAGAAAAUAUUCACACCCCUUGACAAAGUAGGAUUUAUAUGAAUUUAAUUGUAUUUUUUUUGGAAACGAUCUAAACAAAAUAGUCUUAUAUCAAAAUGGAAGAAAAAAAUGUAUUUUUAUGUUUAAUUCAAUGGAAAAUAAAACACAAAGUAUUCAA